UUUACAACGCAGUUCAUGUUAUUGUAUUAUUUGACGAAUAAUGAGUUCGUUCAAAGAGUAGAUCAUUCAACUUCCAUGUGGCCAAUACUUCUAUGUGUAUGCGCUCGGACGACCUCUUGUUUGUCUCUUACUCGUAUUUACUGUCAAAUUGGACUGCGUUCAAUAUUUUUUUUUAUCGUAAACAUUUGUAAUAUUAUGGGAUAGAUGCUUGCUUGCAAUUCAUUGUGUGCACAUACAAGUGAACACAAAUGAAGAAGAAGAAGAAGGAGGAGGAGGAGGAAAAGAAAAAGAAUAAGAAGAAGAAGGGCAAAUAGAAGCCGGACACAAAUCAAGACAAAACAUAACACAUCUUUUGUUAAUCAAAAUAAUACAAGGGGUUCAUAUUCCAUAAGCCACAAUCACCUUGAUCAUUUCAAUCACUUUGUUUGCCUUUUAAAAUAUCGAAAUUUCGAUGGCAAUUCCUAAUUUGUUGAUUUAAUUUGAAGAUUUUAAUCAUUUAUUUGUGCUAACAACAAAACAUUCACGGUGAACUUACUUAAUAUUAAGAAUCAUAUAGAAGUGUAGAGCAAAAGAAAAGACUUCCCACACACACAUCACAUCAUGUCGAAUCGACGAAAUGAAGAUACAUCUCGGAGUAAUGGCACACCAAAUUCUGAUGAUCCUCCAAUGUCACGUUUAUUUAUUAUAUGCAAUAAACAAAAUACGGAGGAAGAUUUUCGAGAGGCAUUCCAGAAAUUCGGCAAAAUUGAGGAGAUUUACACAAUAAAAGAUCGCAAUACUGGCGACAACAAAGGUGUUGUUUACAUCAAAUUUAGUAAAACAUCGGAAGCAGCGAAAGCGCUUGAAGAAAUGAACGGAAAGACAUUGGGUACACCACUUGGAAGCAGGCCAUUAAAAGUGCUGGUUGCCUCUAGUCGGAAUCAGGGUUCCGGCCGUAGCGAAAACGAGCAUGAAAAGUAUGUUCGAUUAUUUGUAAUUGUUCCUAAAAAUAUGACCGAAGAGGAUCUGCGAUCAGAGUUCGAGGAAUAUGGCCCAUUGGAAAGUGUAUCGAUGAUUCGUGACAAAGUAACGCGUGAAUGCAAAGGAUUUGCCUAUGUUAAGUUUUUUAAAUUUACACAUGCCGCACUAGCCUAUGAAGGAGUUGGUGGGAAAUACAGAGCGGUUUUUGCGGAGCCAAAAGGUAGUUCACGCGCAACAAACAGUUCGACGUCAGAUCGUUCUGGGAGUCGACACGAUGACUACAGUAUGGUUUCAUACGGUGGCAGUGGGGGUGGUGGUGGUGGUGGCAGCACUAGUGGGAGUGGUAGCAGUGGCAACAACGCUUUCGGGAGUAGUCACGGUAGUCGAUUGGAUUACUCAACUUUUCUAAACAAUCCAGUGAAUCCAAAUAAAACCAAUUUUAACGCCAGUUCGGGAAAUAAUGGCAAUAACAGCGAAGUGCAACUAAAUGUAAUUGUAAGCUCGACAGUCAACCAAGACCAACUUUGGCGACUUUUCGACAUUGUGCCUGGUUUGGAGUAUUGUCACAUUACAGGCGAAUGCAAUAGGAACUCAAACUAUGCGACAGCCGCAUACAGCAGUCUGGAUGCAGCACAAUAUGCGCGGGAGAAAAUACAUGGCUUAGAGUAUCCACCAGGUCAACGGAUUAUCAUUAAAGCAAUUAACAGUACCAGCAAACCAAGCGAAGUGGAAAAUAUUUUUUCAUUCGAAUCCUCACAAUCCACAAAAGAACCAUUUUCCAGUGUUGCCUUACCUGCACCCUUACCAUUGGCAAACCCAACGAGUCCAUGUGCCCAACGAUGUUUUAUAGUAUGCGUUCCAAAGGCGCUCCCACCAAAAAUGCUAAACAAUGUUUUCUCUCGAUUUGGUGAUUUGAUCGAUGUAUACUUAUUGCCGAAUAAAAACUGUGGUUACGCGAAAUAUGCGAGUGAGUCGAGUGCCAUGAAAGCGAUCGAAGUAUUGCAUUCGGCGGAAAUAUGUGGCGUUAAGCUAAAAGUGAUGGAAGCCGAAGAGCCUCGAGACGCGAAGAGGAAACGAUACGAUGAUUAAUUAACACAUUAAGUGCGAUUGAAAAAAAACCUAGAGGACACCGCUUACACAACGUGACGCACGGUGACUCAAAACUUUGCUGAACACGAAGAAAACCAUCAAAAAGGACAAAUCUAACCGAAUAACCCAAUAUCCCACAGAAAAAAAGAACAUUUACAUAUAAAACAAAAACUAUGAAAUCAAAGUGAACAUGGUCGGCCACUCAUUUAAGCCGUGAACUAAGACCGAAACAUACAAAUGGUAUCAAUCAUGAUGAUUUGCAACCACAAAUUGAAAUGUUAUUAUACAUUGUUGAAUGAUGAAAACGAAAUGGCGCAACGUUUUCAGCCGUAUACGGAGUAUGCUCUGCGUGAAUCCGCACUCGAAUUCCUGAUCCGUUUUGUUUGUUCUCACGGAUAAGCAUUUUGAUAUACUUUAUUUUAUUCGUUUGUAAGGAGAGAUAUUGGUGAACCGAACAAUCGAACAAUCGACGCUUAACAAAUUUACAGGUAAAAUGGAAUCAUCCUAGCUGUAAGUCAUAGUAGUAUUUUUAUAGAGCAUUAAUUCAACUUAAUACUUUGUUUAAAAUACGCUUAGCGGUAAACAUUACACUACAACAAAAAAACAUGAAUAAAAUAAAAUACAAGA